AUGGACUCCCUAGACAAGAGACCAGACACUGUAGGCGAGGGAAGCCAGCCAGCGCCUGCAAAGAAUAAGGAUACCGAAGCCCCUGCAGAGCCUGCCGUGAAAUCAGAAAAAGUGGAUGCCAAGAAGCAUGACGAAAGAGAGGAAAAGAAGAAAGCCGUUGAGGGGAAGGGCGCCAAAAAGAAGGGCGCCAAAAAGCAAGGCAAGAGCAAGCUGAAAAGGUCUAAGAAGCAGGUUUCUGUCUCGGGUGGCUCUUUAGACUCGGCGAGCGACGAUAGCAAUGGCAGGUCCUCAUCCUCCUCCUCUGCCUCUAGCGGUGACCUUCCGGGUUCCGGCGAGUCGCCCAGAAAAAGAACCCCCAAGAAGGGCCGGGGUGUCAAGAAGCAAGCCCCCCCGAGAAAGCGGGAAAAGGCCGUCAAGUGGAAAAGGUCCAAAGUCUCAGACUCGGGCUCGGACUCAGACUCGGACUCGGACUCGGACUCGGACUUGGAUUCGGCCUCAGCUCGAUCUAUUGCCGGUAAUAAUUCCAAGAACAAUUGUGGGCAAGAGCUCUCGAAGCAGCUCCAGCUCGUCAAGCUUCAGCAACACUGGUAUGACAAUAACGGGCAUCGCCAAUACGGAAAUUCCAGUUAUCAAUCUCUAGGCUCUCAGUUUGGCUAUCCAGGGUCUAGACCCAAUUUUAAAACCGGUAGCACCGACGCCAAUCUUCCCCCCGAUGGAACGAAGCCCCGGCCGAAGAAGGAAGACAAAAAGAGCACAGCAAAGCUAGACUUUAAGCGCGUCGACCACGUUUGGGACAAUAAAGUCCAUGACUACAGGCUCCAGGACACGGCCAAGAGUACCUUGGAUGCUCAGUACCACCAGUAUCUCUUCCACACUACUACUGUCGACAUUAAGAGCAAUCUCCUUGCCGAGUGUCUUCGAACCGUAAUCGGGAGCGUGAGGGGCGUCAGCUUGGUUGAGGACACGCCGAAGCUCGAUCCCAACAUGCUGUUCCUAUAUCUGGAAGACUUCCGGAGAUACCUUAUGGAACUCAAGGCGACAAAGAUAUCAAAAGAAGACAAGCAUGACCGAAAAAAGGAGCAGAAACACAUCAAUCUAAAGCGCCAACACCUCAAAGUUCUCGUCAGGUACAUCGACAAGGACUUUGCUGUAGUAAAGUCGAGUCUGUAUCCCAUGCUGGAGAAUUGCAUCAUCACCUUUGAUCUCCUCUGGGCCCUCUGGAAACCAAACACUCUGGCUUUCACCAAUACUUAUGGGUCCCAAGACGAGCCCCGCGCGUUCAGGGCCGAGACUGCAGAAAGGCACUCUAGCAUUGUGAGGGACGACUUCUACCUCAUAUAUGGCAAGUUCUUCAAAAACCAGUACUUUGAAUACGACGGGAAGCAGUUUGGUUACGGUACCAUGCACAGCGAAGUGAAGGAGUUCCGCGGGACGCGUAGGAUCACGAGCCUUAACUAUUACCCGCAAAAAUACCACAAGCACGAGACGCAACUCCGCAAAGAUCUUAUAGAGCGGGGGAAGAAGUUUGUAUCGUUGAGCGGGGUGCAGUACAAGAGCCACCAGGGCCUUGCUUUCUACAAGAAGAGAAAGUCGGUCGUUAAGGUCAACGUCAAUGGGCGUAUUAUGGUGGACCCAGGAAUGCACCGAUGGAUCAACCCCAACUACCCAAUCUCCCACAUCCGGCCCAGGGACCGCGGUGUUAUAUCCGACGACAGUGAAAACUCGGGCGACGAGUCCUGCGGCUGCGCAGACAGUGACGGCGACGGCGACGGCGAUGGGAAUGGGGCCAACAACGAAAAGCUCGACCGGGUUUUCGGCAGGAACAGUACGGCGGUACGGCAGAGCAGCAAAGACUCAGCCACCGAUUCGGACAGCACUGGCGAGAUGAGCCUAAGUAGAAUCAAGGAUGAAGACUAUCUGAUAUCUUCUCCCGUGGUCCUAGGGUUCGCCUUUGCCGAGAAGAUGUGGCUGGAGUUCACCGUCUCGGAGGUGAAAGAAAUACGCUGGAACGAGGGCGCCUACGAGUCGCUGGUCCUCGAGCCGAAGACAAAGGAUAUCGUCCAGGCGCUGGUUGAAUCGAACAAGUACCACGCUGCUGAAAGUAUCGACGAUGUAAUUCAUGGCAAAGGAAAGGGCCUUGUCGCUGUUCUUCACGGCCCCCCAGGCACUGGAAAGACGCUGACAGCCGAGGGUAUCUCGGAGCUCCUAAAGUGCCCUCUGUACAUGGCCUCGGCCGGCGAGCUUGGGACUGACUCGCGAUACCUCGAGAGCGAACUUAGGAGAAUACUGGACAUCUGCCACGUGUGGGGUGCGAUCCUCGUCUUCCUCCGACAACUGGAGUACUUUCAAGGGAUUCUCUUUCUGACCACAAACCGUGUACAGUCGCGCAUCCACAUUGCGCUCCGGUACGACAUCCUCAACAGGCGGGCCAGGAUGGCCAUUUUCAAGAUAUUUAUCGAGCGUGUCCGGGCCCUGGACAAGGCCGUCGACAUACUGGUCUUUACUAAGGAAGAUUACGAGAGCCUAUCCAAACACGAGCUCAACGGACUUCUCCCAAGCUACCAUGACGAGCCCCUCGAGUCGGCGAUUCCGGCUGCGGCAGUCACGGAAGUCGCGCUCCGCCUGCGCCAUCUGAUUGAGAAAUGCAUCCCGUGUGAGCUGAACGUGGAGCAGGUUACAAUGGCUCACAGCAAGAUCAUAACCAAGAAGGUGAUACAGGCUGCUAGGGAAGCCGGUGGCCAAGAGCAUAGCGCCUGCGUCAUCUUCUGCCUCCUCGUCAACAAGCGGUGGUGGCGCCACCAGGCCCUGCUCGAGCUUUGGGAUGCCGACCUUCACCAGGUCCGCUCCGUAGCUUGCGAGGUCAUUGCAAAGGAAAUAAUCGAGUCCGAUGACAAUCCGGGCGACCUGAUGCACUCUUCUUUACUCACGCGCUACUCCAUCAUCGUCGACGGCCACGCCACGCUGCCGACCAAUGUUAUCGAGAAGGCUGUCGACUUGCAUGCCUUGCGUGUCAUUGGCUCUUCAGGCUAUCAAAAAUGCAUCAACUACCUGUGGAAAGGCUGGUUGGUGCAGGACGAAAACGACGCCGCUACCUUUGUCGACUACAAGGGCAAGGACGACACUUCGUUUAUUUCCCACCUGGACCCGGAUCGCAUGAGAGUUCCCAUGUACCAGAACGCCACACAAAUGCUCAUCUCGUUCCUCUACCUGACGCUCUACACCUUUGCCAUGAAUACGGUGAACCCGGGCGGAGAUAUCGAUAUUGUUGAGGGCCUGCUGUAUGCCUUUACACUGGGCUUCAUCUGCGACGAGGCCUCCAAGGCCUGGAAGGCAGGAUACCACAUCCUCGGCUUCUGGAACGCCUUUAACUCGUUCCUGUACGGCCUGCUGGCUACUAGUCUUAUUCUGCGUUUCAUCGCUCUCAGCUACCCGGCCGAGGACGUAGACGGGUCCCGAAAACGCUACAACACGCUCAGUUACAACUUCCUGGCUGUGAGCGCUCCCAUGUUCUGGACUCGGCUGCUCCUGUACCUAGACAGCUUCCGCUUCUUCGGUGCCAUGCUGGUCGUUCUCAAGGUCAUGAUGAAGGAGUCGUUGAUCUUCUUCGCCCUCUUGGCUGUCAUUAUCAUCGGUUUCCUACAAGCCUUCAUUGGACUCGACUAUGCCGACGACCAGGUCGCAGGGGACGUCCUUUACAUCAUUCAAUCCAUGGCAAAUGCUAUAAUGCAGAGCCCUGACUUCAACGGCUUUGACAGGUUUCAACCUCCCUUUGGCCUGGUCCUAUAUUAUUGCUUUACCUUUGUUGUCAUGGUCGUUUUGCUCAAUGUCUUGAUUGCCUUGUAUAACUCCGCCUACGAGGACAUAUAUGACAACGCAAACGACGAGUAUCUAGCCAUGUUCGCCCACAAAACCAUGAUGUUCGUCCGUGCUCCCGACGAGAAGGUUUUUAUUGCGCCUUUCAAUCUGCUUGAAAUCUUUUGCCUGGCUCUACCAUUUGAAUGGUGGCUCAACAAAAAGCACUACCAGUGCCUCAACGAUUUCGUCAUGGCAACAAUAUACUCUCCUCUGCUUCUUCUCUCUGCCUACUUUGAGGUGCGGGUGGCGCGCGAAAUCCAGGCCAACCGCGCCAGGGGCGAUGAAGACGACGACACAGUCGAGGAAUGGGAGCAGAUGGAGCACUCGAUUGACUUCAGGGCCGAUGGCUGGGAUAAGCUGGUCGAAUCCGCCAAAACAAAUCUCGACGAGGAUCCUGCUGUUGUGGAAGUACGAAAGCUCAGGGAGGAGGUUGAGAAACUAAGGGAAAUGAUUGAGCAGUUGCACAAAGCUAUGGGUGCAGGUGACGCCGGGAGUAGUCAGGCUUGA